AUGAUGAUUGAGGAGCAGUCCGCAGUCCCGGAAAGCCCUGCCUUAGUCAACCCUGAAACCAAGAUGUCGACCGAUAUUCAACAAAAUCCUACAGUUUCCCCUCUGACUACUCCGCAAAUCAUGGCUACAAAUGUCAUUCACGAUCCCGUGUCUCAACUCAACAUCCAGGACGAUGUGGCCUCCAAUUUCAUCGCUCUUGGCUGUGGUAUCUCUCUGCAAUCCGUCGCCGGGGAUACUGAUGUGGUUGGAGUGGCUGGCGUCUCGGAUGACGCUUGUCAAGCUCUGCCUACUCAGGAUGAUCCACCCGUCGUUGAGGAUCUCAAAGAGAAGGUUGAGCUCACCCGUGAGUCUUCAGCCCCAGAAGAUAUAACCAAACAUGAGAACCUCCGCGACGACGACCUGUUGGAACCUCAUUUCCCCGGGCUCCAAGCUGCGGCGCCCGCUUCGGACUCUGGCCGUUGUGCGUCUCCAGAAACCGAGCCUGUCAGCACUUCCGUCAAGGCAAAGCAGUCCAGAAAACGAGUCCGAGGACCUGUUGAUCUCGAGGGCUUACCGGACCCAGCAGAUGAUUUAACCGAGGCUCAGAUUGCAAGUCUCUGUUCCCAGCCUCCAAGAGUCCGUCAGCUUUAUCCCCAAUACUUCGCAAAACAUGGGGCCAUCCGCGCCGCAUACUCUAAAAUCUUGUUUGAGCGGCUUCCUGGCGGCGGAUUGCGAUUCUCCGAAGACGUUCUUAGAUCCUGCUUGCCAAGAUGGAAAGAGCAUCUGGAGGCAGUUGAACCUGGAGAGUCGUCCAGCCACGCGGGCACUGGCCAGGGUCGCAAGCGAAAGGGGACAGCAACAGCUGCAAAACGUGGUGCCGACGAGGAUGUCGAUUCUCACAAGAGAACCAAGAAGUCAAGUGCGUCGAGGAGCGAGGAGUCUCCCGUCGAUACGCUAAUCACUGAGCCUAGUCCUUCACUGCUCCCUAUUAUUCCACCUCUUCGUCUUCGGCCCAUGAUAAGUCGUCGUACGGCGCUUGCUACGGGGCUCCCAGUCGGUGCUCAUACUUCUCAGCAUUCAGCGGUCCUUGAUGCAGGUUCAUCCGAAGCUCUUCCUCGAGACCCAGUGAAAGGCCUUGCUGCUGCAGCUCUUGGUCAGAACCAGACGGUUCAAAACGAUUCUUCGGAUAUUCAACACAACAACCCACCCGAUGUCCCGAACAUGGAGAUCCGCAAGGCUCUCAUGGGCAAUCAACCCGGUUCAUCUGGCCACAUUAUCAAUGUUGGCGGUUCUCAGCCACUGGAUCCAGUCCAUCUGGCAAUUCUGGCUCAGCACCUCACCAGUGAAAUCCAGCAGAUGGACUUUGCUAUCCUGGGCACUGCACAUACUUCACGCGACCAAGGCCGCAUUCAACGCUUGCGUGCUCUAUGGGAUGCUCUGGUAAAUUUGCGCAACUUGUGCGUGGACAUGGAGAUUGAACAGAGAAGUCACAUGGUCUCGAAAGAUCGAGACGGGAUGGGCAAGUUAUGA